GUCGGCUCGCCUGGCUCCGAGAGUGGCCGGCGCCGGGCUGCGAGGGCCGGCGGCGGCCGAGGGAUGCGCCGCGCCCCGCCGAGCCGGUCCCGCCGCUCCAGGUGAGACGGCUCCAGGAGCGCAGCGCGCCGCGGCCAUGGGCACCCUGGGCAAGGCGAGAGAGGCUCCGCGGAAACCUCCCCAUGGCUCUAGAGCUGGCCCUAAAGCAAGACUAGAGGCCAAAUCAGUCAACGGCCCUCUCCCUGCCCAGCCUAGCUUGGCCCAGAUCACCCAGUUCCGAAUGAUGGUGUCCCUGGGACAUUUGACCAAAGGAGCCAGCCUGGAUGAUCUGAUCGACAGCUGCAUUCAAUCUUUUGAUGCAGAUGGAAACCUGUGUCGAAGUAACCAACUGUUACAAGUCGUGCUCACCAUGCACCGAAUCAUCAUCUCCUCGGCCGAGCUGCUGCAAAAACUCAUGAGCCUAUAUAAGGAUGCCUUGGAGAAGAAUUCUCCGGGAAUUUGCCUGAAGAUCUGCUAUUUUGUCAGGUAUUGGAUAACAGAAUUCUGGAUCAUGUUCAAAAUGGAUGCCAGCUUGACCAGCACUAUGGAAGAGUUUCAGGACCUGGUGAAAGCCAACGGUGAGGAGUCCCACUGCCGCCUCAUUGACACGACACAAAUUAAUUCUCGAGACUGGUCCAGGAAACUGACUCAAAGGAUAAAGUCAAACACCAGCAAGAAGCGGAAAGUCUCCCUGCUGUUUGACCAUCUGGAACCUGAAGAACUGUCUGAACACCUCACCUACCUUGAGUUCAAGUCCUUCCGAAGGAUAUCUUUCUCUGAUUAUCAAAAUUACCUUGUAAAUAGCUGCGUGAAGGAGAACCCCACCAUGGAGCGGUCCAUUGCCCUGUGCAAUGGCAUCUCCCAGUGGGUACAACUGAUGGUUCUCAGCCGUCCCACCCCGCAGCUCCGGGCAGAGGUCUUCAUCAAGUUCAUCCACGUGGCUCAGAAGCUCCACCAACUACAGAACUUCAACACGCUGAUGGCUGUGGUAGGGGGACUGUGCCACAGCUCCAUCUCCAGGCUCAAGGAGACAAGCUCACAUGUCCCACAUGAGAUCAAUAAGGUUCUGGGUGAGAUGACUGAACUGCUGUCUUCAUGCAGAAACUAUGACAACUACAGACGAGCCUACGGGGAGUGCACCCACUUCAAAAUCCCCAUCCUGGGGGUGCACCUCAAAGACCUCAUUUCCCUAUAUGAAGCCAUGCCCGACUAUCUGGAGGAUGGGAAGGUGAACGUCCAAAAGCUCCUGGCCCUUUACAAUCAUAUCAAUGAAUUGGUCCAGCUGCAAGAGGUGGCCCCACCAUUGGAUGCCAACAAGGACUUGGUGCACCUGCUAACGUUAUCCCUGGAUCUCUACUACACUGAAGAUGAAAUCUAUGAGCUUUCCUAUGCCCGGGAACCAAGGAACCACAGAGCCCCGCCACUAACGCCUUCGAAGCCACCGGUUGUAGUGGACUGGGCCUCUGGAGUAUCUCCCAAACCUGACCCGAAGACCAUCAGCAAACAUGUCCAGAGGAUGGUGGAUUCUGUCUUCAAGAACUAUGAUCUCGACCAGGAUGGCUACAUCUCUCAGGAGGAGUUUGAAAAGAUCGCUGCUAGCUUUCCAUUUUCCUUCUGUGUGAUGGACAAAGACAGGGAAGGCCUCAUCAGCAGGGACGAGAUCACAGCCUACUUCAUGAGGGCCAGCUCUAUCUACUCCAAGCUGGGCCUGGGUUUUCCUCACAAUUUUCAAGAGACCACCUACCUGAAGCCCACCUUCUGUGACAACUGUGCUGGCUUUCUCUGGGGAGUGAUCAAGCAAGGAUAUCGCUGUAAAGACUGCGGGAUGAACUGCCACAAACAGUGCAAAGAUCUGGUAGUGUUCGAGUGCAAGAAGCGAGUCAAGAGCCCAGCAGUGUCCAUGGAGAACAUCAGCUCUGUGGUGCCAAUGUCCAACCUUUGCCCACUGGGAACCAAAGAUCUGCUCCAUGCACCUGACGAAGGAUCUUUUAUAUUCCAAAAUGGGGAGGCUGUGGACCACAGUGAGGAGAGCAAGGAUCGGACCAUCAUGCUCCUGGGCGUGUCCUCACAGAAGAUUUCAGUUCGGCUGAAGAGGACUGUUGCCCACAAGACCACCCAGACAGAAUCGUUCCCGUGGGUUGGUGGCGAGACGCCUGCUGGUCACUUCGUGUUGUCCUCCCCACGGAAGCCUGCGCAGGAUGCUCUUUAUGUGGUCCCCAGUCCCCCGUCCCCAUGCCCCAGCCCAGUGCUGCUCCGAAAGCGGGCGUUCGUCAAGUGGGAGAACAAAGAAUCGCUUAUAAAACCCAAACAGGAGCUUCACCUCAGGCUCCGGACCUACCAAGAACUGGAACAGGAAAUAAAUACCCUGAAAGCAGAUAAUGAUGCCCUGAAGAUCCAACUGAAGUAUGCACAGAAGAAAAUAGAAUCCCUUCAGCUUGAGAAAAGCAAUCAUGUCUUAGCACAGAUGGAUCGGGGUGAUUGUUCUUAAUCCAGAAAUUCAAGGAAGAGAAUCUGUGGACAAGUAUCCUGGGAUCUCACUUCAAAAACUGACUGCAGAGGUUCGGGCAACUUCAGAUGAAGUCUUGAAAGGGGGAAAGCCAGCCGCUGUUGCUGGCGUCAAUGUUUUUUACCUAAAAUAUUCUUAAUGUGAGUCAUUGGUUUUCAGUCAGUGGACUCAAUGGGAAGUUCAAGUUUGGUAAAGCUUUGAGCAUUCAUAUUAAAACCCUUUGCUUUCUUUACUGGAACCAAUACCAAACCGUGUGCUAAAAUAAGACCAUAGUUUCCUCAUAGUGUCUCAGGCAGCCUGCUUUACUGAUUCGUAGAUGAAAAGUCCCUGAAGAACCAAUGUGCUGCCUUCCCCAGGGUUUCUGCAAACUUCUACCCAAGUCUGCUCAUCAUGGAAACAAUACCCUGAAAGUGGUGACUUGGACAUGCCUGCAUUGUUUGUGACACUGAUCCCUACCUCACUACCUCAGAUCUGAUCAAGAGCCUCCCUCCCUGUCCUUCCUCACUUGCCCCACCCCAACCCCCACUUCCUCCCUUGCUGGUAGGCACAUCAGCUUAUCUACCUAGAAGUGAACUCUUAGACAUGUAGCCUGGUUUUAAAUCCAGGGCUUUUUAAUUGAACUUGACAUUAUCCAAUUGCAGGUCAACUCAUAGCCCUAGGUCUUAGUGAUCAUGAAAUACAAACUAAAACUCACCAUCCACAAACAGCAAUUACCAUGCCAUACACAGCUAAUUAGCUAAGACAAAUGACAUAAACGUGUUUGUCCAUAUAUUCUCUAGUGGGUACACUUAAGAAUCCGUGACUUUUUAAAAGAAAUGGUCUGUGGACAGUGUUUAAUUCUUCAUGCUCAAGUUUCUCUUUUAAGUAAACUAUCAUGAGAUUUUCUUUUGAACUGAAUUUGUGCUUAAACUGUUUUCACUUUGACUAUCUAGAAAUAAGCUAAUGGAUGUGAGAGCUUUAACAGCUGGCAGCAUGUACAUAUGUAUAGAAUAUGUAUAUACAGUAUCAGGCAUGCAUGUAGCUUGGACUUUCUCCUUUAGAGAAUGUAGAUGUGAAUCAAAUACCUUUUAGUAAUUUACAAAUUCACAAAUACAGUUCUGUUCAUUAGAAGACAAACUGCUAAUGAUGUAAAUUGUAUUGUUGUGCAAAACCAUGAGUAACAGUCUCUGAGUAUUUAUCAUGAAAGUUAAAAAAAAUCAAUGGGUUUGACUUGUUGCCUGGGAAGCUAUUCAUAAACUUUCUUGUCAGCUUUUUAGCUUUCAAAAGCAUUUCAUCUGAACAUGACCUUUUGGGAAGACUUUGCUUCCAUGCUUGGGAGGUCUGGCGCCAUGCUAACUUGUAAUCUAUACACAGGGUGAACAACUUCCGAGAGUGCCAUCUCACAAAACGAGUUCCAAACCUACAGCCAACAGCACUGAGUCUCCAGAGGAGUGUGAACUGUAUGGUGCUGCCCGCUAAAGUACUCAGAUCACUUAAGUUUAUCUGAUGAAAGACCACUGCCCAUCUGUGUACCUUUGUGGAGUUUUAGCGACAAAGAACUGACUUGUGGUGAAAGUUUUACUCGACUUUAACGAACCACUUUACACACAAUUUCGUCCUUAUUCUAAAUCCAAACUCAGAAAUUCUCAAAGCAUAGCUACCACCUGGUACAUACACCUCUAGCAGGUGUAAUAUUAUAUGGAACAAUUACACGGAAAAAUUAUGAGUAAUAACAGACCUCAAAAUAUGAGUAAUGACAGACCUCAAAAUUCAUAUUGUUCACUAUGGAUAAUUUCCUCUGCUAUGCACCAGUACACGUGUAUAGCUCAACUUUUUUUAAACACUGUCUUUUUCUUAUUCCUCAUGCCUGAUAAAUAUCUCCCAAGGAGUUUUUAUGUAAAUAGCCUGUAAUAUAGGAAUUCAGAGGGCCUAGGUCAGUGAUGAUCAUGGCUAGAUGAUCUUAUGUCCUGCAGUAUCAACAGGAAAGACAGCAGGAGGCGGCAAUUUCAACACAAUUCUUAUAGUCCAGCAAGGACAAAAGAUGUCUGGAGUCUGCGCUGGUGCUGUUCCGCAGAGCUGUAGGAGCGGGUGGGAUCUGCUGACACAACCUGAACAAAGUUCUGCUUAUCAUACCAAGUGUUGUUUACCAUCCUGCUUGAAGUGUUUGGGCAGACGUGUGUCUGCCAAAACAAGGGCAGAUGCUGUCACUAACAGCGAUGUCUCUUCCCAUCUCCUCUGUUGACUGACUCACCCCCUUACUGACCACUUGUGAAAUUCUGUCUAAAAAUGUAUAAUGUAAACGCUGCAAGGAAAAAAAGUGUACAGACUGUAAAAUUUUUGAUACCUACUGUAAGUUUCCUUGUCUGAUAUUUAUAUGAUAAAAGACAUUUGGAUCCCUAUAACUUCAA